GCGGGGAGAGGGAGUUUCAGCAUCAUCUCACUCCCUCAUUCAGUCGAGUUCGGGCUCUCCACCGCAUCUACGCGAAAGAAACCCCAGCUUCACUGGUGGAACAAUAACUGGCCCCCGCGACCAAAUGGCGAACCCCGAACAAUGAGCUGAUUUCACAAAUUCUGCUGUUUGAAGUAUACAACAGAGUGGCCUUUCGAGGACCAUUGUUUGUGAAAUAAACAGUGAUGGAUGCUCCUCCGUCCCCCACGCCGGACAACAUCAGCAACAACACUGCUGGGCCGGGCCACAUGACAUGGGCGGAGUCCAACGCCUGCCCUCCUUCAGUGAGCGGCACGACCCUUCUGAUCGUGGCCUACAGCACAGUUAUAGCGGUAGGCUUGGUGGGCAACGCUUGUUUGGUUUUCAUCAUCUCCAGACAGAAGGAAAUGAGGAACGUCACCAACAUCCUCAUCGCCAAUCUCUCCUGCUCGGACAUUCUCAUGUGCGUGGUGUGCCUCCCUGUGACGGUCAUCUACACCCUGAUGGACCGCUGGAUCCUGGGCGAGACGCUGUGCAAGAUCACCCCGUUCGUGCAGUGCAUGUCCAUCACGGUUUCUAUCUUCUCCUUGGUGCUCAUUGCGUUGGAAAGGCAUCAGCUCAUCAUCCACCCCACUGGUUGGACGCCGGCCGCCGGGCAUUCGUAUCUGGCCGUGGCGGUCACUUGGAUGGUGGCCUGCUUCAUUUCUCUGCCGUUCCUCUCUUUUAACAUCCUCACCAACGCACCUUUCCAAAACCUCAGCCUGCCCUUUAACCCGUUCAGCGACCACGUGAUCUGCAUGGAGCUGUGGCCGUCUGAGCGCAACCGACUGGCCUACACCACCUCACUUCUCCUGUUCCAGUACUGCCUGCCCUUGCUGCUCAUUCUGCUCUGCUACCUGCGCAUCUUCCUGCGUCUGCGCAGACGAAGAGACAUGGUGGAGCAGGCCACCGAAGCGCGCCACAGGAAAGCGCGGGGCGCCCAGCGUGUCAACGCCAUGCUGGUGGUGAUCGUGGUCGCCUUCGCUCUGUGCUGGCUGCCGCUCAACGUCUUCAACACCAUCUUCGACUGGUACCACCAAGUCCUGCCCUCGUGCCAGCAUGACGUCAUCUUCUCGGCCUGCCACCUCACGGCCAUGGCCUCCACCUGCGUCAACCCGGUGGUGUACGGCUUUCUCAACACCAACUUCCAGAAGGAGCUCAAAGCCAGGCUGCAGCGCUGCCACUGCGGCUGGGGCGUAGCGGAGACCUACGAGAGCUUUCCCCUUUCGACGGUGACCACAGAUGUUACCAAGGUCUCCUCCGUGCAGCCGGGGUCUCUGGUCAGAGUGGAACAGUGUGCUCACUGCUGAAGAGAGGGCAGGAGAGACGAAACGGAAGAGAGGUGGGAGGGGAGGGGUUGAGGAUGAGCUGGCACUGUUUCCAUGGAGAUGCUGAAUUGCUAUGUGGGUUUCUGCAUCAGUUCUUACCCAAGAGAUCUAAAAACAACCUCUACCCACUGUUGCUGGGUUCCGGGGUUCACGUCGACAUGAGAACGCAGCGGGGCGUUACGUUAACGACAUCUCGAGAUGCACGCUGGAAGGUCAGGUGUUAUUCCAGUCUGGAUGUUGGAUGUAUCUCAUUAAGAAUGUGGUUGUUAUCAUGACGCUGACACUUUCAAGCAAAUACAUGAGACCAAUUUGUCUUCGCAUCCAUUAUGUUGAGUGACACGAUUUACAUAAGUACUGCAGAUGUUUCAGCCAAAAGCAUAGAGAUGGAACGAUGAAAGUCAUCAACAUGUGUUCAGAAUCUUCUCCAAACUAUUCUGUAUUUUUCGAUGUUGUGCUGUUGUGAUGUUGUGAUAGUUUUUUUUUCAAAACUAUUGCUGUUUAUCUCAUUGCUUUAGUGGGAAUUUCAACGUUGUGCCUCUGUAACGUUCAAGCAUUGGUGUAAGCUUAACAGCACAGUCACCUUCUUUUGCCAUUGAAACUUGGUUUUAACAUAUUUUUACGUCUUCAAGAUGGUGCAGAGUUCAGUUUCUAACACAAACCUUUGAUCUUUCGUUACUGUUGCCUUAUGAUUGGUAGUUUUGGAAGCACAAAUAAAUUCGGAGACAUG